AUGUCUGUCGACAACGGCGAUCUCCGCUGCAAGAUGGACGAUGGGAUGGGGAGUGCUGGAGAAACCACCAAGAACGACCCAAAAGCCCACGUUGUGGAAUGGAAGCCGAAGAAGAGGAGCACGAUGACGACGGCGAAGGCGCUUGGGAGCGAUAUGAUGCGACGGCGAUGCGAUGCGAGCAAGCUGGCUGGCUGGCCGGCACUGGCCCAGCGGAAGGGGGGAACAACGGUAGAACGGGCGGAAAGGAGGCCAAGGAAACAUCAGGCAACUCACCGAGUUUACUCGAUUUGGCGCGACCGUCUCACGGUAACCCAGUCUCCCACAAAGACAACAGAGCGGGAGGUUUCGUUCGGAUCCAAUCCUGAGGGCGCACUCGACGACUUUUGUGUGCGAUGCGGCCGCGAAGCGUGUCGGCGGACAGACACGCACGCAACUGAAUACAAGGAAGGCGACGACAGGAAGUCGAUAAGUACUCGGGGGGGAGGGCGAGCUGAGAAAGCUGAGCAAGUUGUUGAGGACUCGAGGUGCCCAACGGGAACACGCUAA